CAGUUUUCCAUCACCAGUGUCCCCCUUCAUCCCCUGGCGGAAGUGGUUAGUGGGAGCGCUGCUGCCUGGACCCCAACUGACUGGUAGCGAGCUAGGGCGUUGCUAGCGGCAGAAAGUGGGAUUUUUGGUUCAUUUCUACAAGUUAUAUUCUUCUGGAAACGGCGUCUUCCGUCGGAAAACAACACGUCUUCUGCUCGCUGAAAGUUUGAAGCCCAUCUGCUUCUUGGUCGCUGUUUAGAAGAGUGGAGGUUACUUUGUGCGCCGUUAGCCGGACACUUAGCUACCCACCCUUUCCAUCCACGGGAAUUCUGAAGAGAAACGACUGAAUUUGGAAACAUGGAGUCAUGCAACGUAGCGCCGUGCUAACUCGAAUCCACAGGAUUUCCCCCCUUAUUUUUCUGGCUUCAGAAGACCUUCGUAAGGGACUCGACUCUGAGACUUCUCGCAAGAUUCAUGAGGUGUUUUGUACGUGUAAUUUUCGCUCGUUUGCCGGUUCAUUGUUGUGGACGGGAGUUUGCUUAAUUUGCACUCGAAAUAAGAGUACGCACGCACGCACACACACACAAGCAAAGUUUUUGCUGAAAGAGCUCGUCUGUUUUGUUAGCUGGUGAGAUUUAACGCCAGCUUGUUGUGAGAAAGGACUUUCGGAAAACAUGCUAAUCUAACAGACGUUGUUUAAAGUUUUGUAUUAAUAAAACAUCCAAACACAGCUACAGCUGUUUUGCUAACUUGUAACAGUAAUAGUUGGUGCUGAGCGAUUCUCAUGAUCACGGGAGAGUCGUUCCCACAGCCACGGACAGGCAUUUCUUGGAGUUGGGAAUACCAAAUGGGACUUCAGGAAUUUCCAACAUCUUUAAAGAUCAUUUAGGCACCGACCGAGGCCACUCGGCUGAGCAGGGGUGGUGGCAGACGGACUGCAUCUCUGGGCCAAGGUGCCUGCUGGAUUGGAUUGUUUACACGUUCCCCACCGGCGGAAAACCGGGAUAUGAAUGCAACGGAAUCAUACAAAGACUUCGCAUAUGCACGGGAAGUUGUGCCAGCCGGAGCUGUAUAUUUAUUAUUACUGGGAGAAUAUUCAUUGCAGCUGGAGUAGGAUUUCAUCCAGGAACUGUGCAGCUAAAUGCGACAGAGGGCCGGAUUAUAUAAAGAAAAGCUUUGGACUUUAGCUUCGAUUUGACUGGGAAUACUCGCUGACAGAUUGAGCAUUCAGUGUUUUUAUUUUGUUUAGUCCAAGGACGUGCCUUGCAACAAAUCAACACUGCUCUAAAAGUAUAUCGAUCCUCCACUGUUCAGACGAAUGUCAGAGAAGGACGCUCUGGGAAAUCAGCUCUGGAAAAUGUUAAAAGGAUACAACUUUCUGCAAAUCUAGAACCGGAUAGCCCAAUGAGUGACACACAGCCCAGCUUCACUGACAGGUUUAACAAGAAAGCAAUCAGAACCAGCAGCAUUCUCAGUAAAGACCACCCCCCAGACAAGAAACCCAAAAGUGACAAAACCUCACCUCCCUCCAAUGAGUUUGACCCUACAGACGCUCUGGUGGUGCAGAAGAGUGGCAACAACAGUGUGCUAGCAGAGGGGAAGCCUGAGUCCUGUGGUCUAGUCCAGCGAUGUGUGAUCAUCCAGAAAGAUGAAAAUGGCUUUGGGUUCACUGUCAGUGGCGAUAACCCCGUGUUUGUGCAGCUGGUCAAAGAAGAUGGGGCUGCUAUGCGGGCAGGUGUUCAGACAGGAGACAGGAUCAUCAAGGUUAACGGGACCCUUGUGACACAGUCCAAUCACACUGAAGUUGUGAAACUUAUCAAAUCGGGCUCGUAUGUGGCCCUCACGGUUUUGGGGCGACCUCCGGGGCUCGCUCAGAUCCCGUUGCCUGAGGCAGAGCCUGAUGUGUUCGGCGUUAGGGUAUCCUCCCCGAACUCUCCAGCCACCGAACGCUCAUGCAGUCCUCAGGACCGCCUCUUUUCCCCACAACAACAAUAUGACGAGAACAACAGUUUCUGCGACCAGAGGACAAAUGUCUUUGCAAAGUUUCUAUCAAAGGAGCAGCAGGAGCUGCAGGUCAUGAAAAAGGAGUACAGCAGGAACCCCUCCCCCAAACUACUGAAAGACAUUCAGGAAGCUACAAAACACAUUCCACAGCUGCAGGGUCAGCUCUUCAAGGCCACUGGGACAACACAGGAGGCUGUUUCCGGUGGUGAUGAAGACAAUGGUAGCAUAUCAGAGACAGAUUGGACCCCUCCUCAUAAAGGAAACAACUGCAUAGACCUGCUGUGGAACAACACUCCAAAAUCCCGUGUAUUCGAACCUGGAUCUCCUUCUACCCAGAGUCCAAGAGACUCCUGCGCGAGCCCCAAAAGCUCUCCUAAAGACAGCUUCAACCCCGUCUACUCCCCAGAGACGGAGGACGUCACUGACCUGGACACCGUCUCUCCCACCACGGUCAGCAGUCCUCUUCCCUGCCGCCUUGGCUUGCAAAUUAUAGGAGCAGAAGACGACUAUUUUGAUUCGGACCAGGAGCAGACAAAUGGCCAGUGUAACAGCUUUAACAGUAUUGAGCAGCUCAAGUCUCGUCCUGCCCACCUCGCAGCUUUUUUGCAUCAUGUCAUUUCUCAGUUUGACCCUGCUCCUGUGUUGUGCUACCUCUAUGCUGACUAUUACAAGCAAACCAACUCCAAAGAAACAAGAAAGGAGCUCCAUAACGUCUUCAUAGACCGGGCAGCAAUUUUAAAAGUUCCCAUUCCUGAAUCAGUUUCUUCUGACCUUAACUGGCGACGAAUGGAACUGAACCCUGAAGAAACAAACAAACAGUAUGUUAAAACACUGCAGGACUCUCUCCUCUCUGACAUUCAGAAAAACCUCGAGGACUUCAGGCAGAAACGCAGUAUGGGCCUAACAGUGGCUAAGGCUGAGCUGACAAGACUGGACCAAGAAAGAGUCAGAGACCGGGUCACCAUAGAGCGGGAGCGAUCAUACGCAGAAAGCAUCAUCAGUAAAAUAGAUGACAUCCUGUUCACUACUCAAACCACAGAGGAAGACAAAUGCACUACGAUACAGAAUGUUAUCUACACAUACAUGAAGCACCUUGGGGUGAGAGUCAAGGAACCUCGAAUUCUGGAGGCCAAACGGGGUCGGAAAAGCUUUUUACCUAAAAUGAUGCAGAAAGGCAUAAAAACUGAGAAGGAAGGAGAAGACAAAGGCAGAAAAGUAUUUAUGUUGCCCCUGCGUCGGCCCAGCCGCAUUGACUCGUCGCCAGCCAUUAAAGCCCUGGACAGUCGUCCCAAGCCUCAGAAACAGCUGUCUCAGCCGACGCCUGUGACCAGCGAGCUAAUGGAAGUUGGUCCAUUGAGAGGCAGCCAAUCCAGCGAUUGCAAUGACCUCAAUCACUCCAUGUCUGUCACCACCUCAUCUCCAAACAUCAACACCCACUGCACAGAUGUGAGCCGAGACGUCGACAUCGGUGGGACGUCAUCUGGGUCCUCCAGACUGAACGACGGCCUUCAGACCGACCUGGACGUGUUCCCAUUCCCGUCUUCACCACUGGAUGUUUGUGAUCAGCUCCAGGAGGACGACAGUGACCGAGCCCAUGAGGGAACUCCAAAGGCCACAAGAAGAUUUGAAGGAUUGAUUGCAGCUGAUGUCCAAAGUGAGGACGAUCAAGGGACAGACUCUGAGCACAAUCCUCCAAACUGGCAUCAGCGGGUGGGUCGAGAAGUCCUCGUAGGCCUCAGUCCUCAUGAAAUCAAGCGUCAGGAAGUUAUCAACGAGCUGUUUUACACUGAGCGCGCUCAUGUGCGGAUGCUGAAAGUUUUGGACCUCGUCUUCUACCAAAAGCUUUCCAAAGAUGCAAUUCUUCCUCCUACUGACAUCAAAAAUAUCUUCACCAACUUGGAGGAGGUUCUGCAGCUGCAUGUUUCAAUACUGGAGCAAAUGACAGCUGUCCGGAAGAGAAACGAGUCUUCCGUCAUUGAUCAAAUAGGAGAUGACUUGCUCUCUUGGUUCAGCGGCGGCGAGGAGGAGAAGAUCAAGCAGGCAGUGGGGACGUUUUGCAGCAAUCAGCCUUUUGCUCUAGAGAUUAUUAAAACCAAGCAGAAGAAAGACUCGAGGUUCAUUUCAUUCAUCCAGGAGGCUGAGAGUAACAGACUGUGUCGCCGGCUGCAGCUCAAAGACCUCAUUCCUGUAGAGAUGCUCCGGCUCACCAAGUACCCGCUGCUACUGGACAACAUCGUCAAGUACACAGACAUUGCUGUGGAAAAGCAGAAAGUCAAGCAGGCAGCAGAAUGCUGUAGAAGGAUCCUCAGUCAUGUCAACCAGGCUGUGAAGGAGUCUGAGGACAAACAGAAAUUAGAAGACUAUCAGCGAAGAUUGGACCUCUCCACUCUAAAGCAGACUGACAACCCUCUGAUCGCUGAACUAAAGAAUCUGGAUCUAACAAAGAGGACGAUGAUUCAUGAGGGUUCACUGUCGUGGAAAGUGAACAGGGACAAGACUAUUGAGUUGUUCACACUCCUCCUUGAGGACAUCCUCGUUCUGCUGCAGAAACAGGAUGAGCGUCUGAUCCUUAAGUGUCACAGCAAGAACCUGGCAGGUGCUGCAGAUACCAAACACAUCUACAGCCCCAUCAUCAAACUCAGCACUGUCCUCGUGCGCUCUGUUGCUACGGACAACAGGUCCUUUUUCGUCCUCUCUGUGUCUGAAAACGGUUCCCACAUCUACGAGCUAAUGGCGCCCACUGUGACGGAUCAGAACACGUGGCAAAGUCUGAUCUCCCAGAGAGCCGAUGCAAUGAAAGUCAAGCCUCACAGCAUCAUCCCGUUACCUCAGCCUGACGGGGAGAGAGAUGGAGCGGAGAUCAUAACAGCUGGUACUUCCCGACUGGGUAAAGACCCGGACCGCACAUCCACCAGCAGCACUCAGUCCACAGAUAAAGAGAGAGGUCCAGCCUCUAGAGGUGCAUUACAGACUUCUCUACCUGGUAGUAAUCCUUUUGAAGAAGUGAAGGCUGAGGAGGAGGAGGAGGAGGGUGGCUUUGUGGACCGAGUGCUUCCUUACCAAGUAGCUGAAAUCGACAGAGAAGGAGACUCGUUUGAUGUGUUUCCCUCUCGAGCAGAUGAAGCACUGAAAACAUUGGCAGCAUUAAAGCACGUGUUGGUGACCCAGCUGAUGUCCCAGGAGGCAGCAGAACAAAGCAAACGCUCCUCUGGAGUCCGUCUCCUCAGGACUACGUCCCUGCGGACCCCGACGGACAACCGCAGCAAGGUUCUGGUCCACAACGGCUCCGAGAAAAGUAGCUCCAAAACAGAAGACCUGGCUCAGGACCUGGGGUCGUGGGACACUGGAUUCUUUGAGUCACCUGAAGAUUACGGAUGUUUGGUCCUAGAAGGUUACUGCGGCCCACGGGAGAGCAGCACAGAUGACGACAUCCUGGCCUCAACCACAGGGAAGCAGCUGAACACCUCACAAGUCUGCGCUGCCGACUCCGGCAUCAAUUUACGAUUUUCCUCCACGUCACAGGUCGGCAGCCUCUCCACUUUCAGCAGGCAGGUGCUGUCGCACCUUAGAAAUCUUCAGACCAACCUCAACUAUCUAAAGGAGGUGGAGGCGAAGUACAACAAUCUAAUACACCAAAGGCCAGAGAGGUCGACAACAGACAAGGAUAAAGAUAAGAGAUAGUGUGGAUGUCAGAUUCUGGUUCUGGUCCCAAAGAGGAAGGACAUACUUUCUUCUUCUGUCCUGGACUUUCUGGACGUCCUGUAAGCUUGUCCUCUCACUGCUGAUUCCCCUUUUUCAAUAGCACCCCCCCCCCCCCCCCUCCGGUGGGAGGAUGAAAGACUUGAGAGUGAGCAGAUGUUUGAAGGAACAUCACCACCCUUCUCAGCACAAGGCAAUCAGGGAAGUGGGAUUGCCCCAGAACCUCAGCCGCUUCAACCUCCCAACACCCAGUUCCCCCUAAAACUUCCUGCGAGAAAGAGAACUUAUACCAAAAUGUACAAAGAUGUGUGCUUAGAAUAUAUGUAUAUGAAACACAAACGAGAAAAGGAAAAUUUUAAGAUAAUGUAUUAAGAUUUUUUUUUAUCCCAAGAUGUAUUUAUUUUCUUUUUUUCUUUUCAUUUUUUUCACGUAUUGCUUCCCAUACUGCUUGCAUGCUUUUGGCUGCAGUGUUACCCUGCAGCUGCUCCUCGUCCUUCAGUCAGACCUGAUUAGUGUGGGUGCACGCUGACACACUCCCUCUGGUGUGAGCUUAGGAACAGCACUGCAUUCGGACUGAUAGAGGCCAGAGUUGCACUAGUGACGGAUACAUCUCGUGUAUUUAAAAUGACAAAUUGUUCAAGUCUAGGAUUUAACCUAAAUUCCAGGUGUGGUGUUAACUAGAAUGAAGAGUCUCUAGACUCUGAUAUGGUCCUGUUUCACUUCUGUGCUGACUGCUGUCUUCUCCCUUUUCACUCUUGUUGUUUUGUGUGUGAUUCUCUCCCUUCUUUUCCCAGUGAAAAUCAUGGUUAUCUUUCCUUUUCCUCUUCCAAGUAACCAAGUGGCUUUCAUCCUCACUCAUCCCUUCCCACUCUAAAUGUCACGCUUCCUCUUCUGCCUCUGGUUAUCGUGCCCUUUCCCCCUCUCCUACAAGGAGCGGUCAUGCUCUUUCUGUAUCAGCCUCUGACAGAAACGCUGCUUCUCUCUGCUUCUGAUGGUGAUGCUGAUCUGACUGCCUGAUAUUCUGAUAAUGGCAUGAAGUUCAACAUAUAGAUCAAGUUGGAAGGUUGUUCAUUGAGGAAAUAAACGCUGCCAUGACAUGUUCAAAAGCAAAA